AUGUCAUUGUCAUAUCAGCAAAAUGCAGCAGUCAAUCAGUGUCUGCUCGCACUCUGCUCGAGCCCAUUCGGUAGUGAAGAAUUUGGAAAUGCACUUCAAGAUCUGGACAGAAUUUCUGCUGCUCUCGUGCAAGAUGCCGACGUAAGGAAGACUAUAGGUAGCCAAUCUCCAAGUAUCUGGGGGAGACUGCACGAAACCUGGCGAAUUCUGGGCUCAAGGAGCAUCGAUUCGCUCAUCUCCAACUCGCUUCAAAGACAAUGGACCCUGUCAGUUGCCCGAUUUACUCGUAACCUUGUUGCCGGAAAUUCGUCCAAUCAGCGAGAAGCAUUCAAAUUCGAACCAGAAAUACGGACAGUAGCGCACGCGUAUACUUCUCAUGUACUCAUUCUGGACAAGGAAGAAUUGACAGUCACACGAUUCUUGAUGCAAACAUUGUCAAAUAUUGUCACUUCAAAUGAAGUGCUGUUGGAGGAACUUUGGCGUACCUAUCUAGCUCUCCCGGAGGAAAAGAAUAUUUUACUGCGUAUGCUCGGUCACCCAGACGACGGCACCGUUGCAGCAGCACUCGUUUUAAUCAACAAUUGCGUCAUUGACAACCGUGAAAGAAUGCGCAUAUUAGUAGAGACAGCAAUAGGCGGGCGUCUUUGCGUGGCAACGCUAGAUAGGCUAUCCAGACAUGUCGAGAGCAGUGAUGAAGAUGAAAACUCAGAUAUGUUCAGCCUUGGAUGGACAAUAUUCAGGACACUGUUCGGUAAUGGAUUUGCAUCUUCACUGCUAUCCAUAACAACAAUGCAAGACGAAAUAGUAAACCCUCAUCAAACAACGCUGUUCAAGCUUCUGGACUCCUAUCUGAUAUAUUUGUCGAAUACAAAGGACGACAAAGAAAAGGAAACAGAUAUCGAUCUCCGAGUUCGCGCCUCCUUCCCACAGAUUUCCGAAAUACUCUUGAUCAAGUUCUUCGAACUCGUCGGCAAUGCACAGUCGUCUGUACGAAAUUCGUUAGGAGGCUCCAGCACAGCAAACACAGCGUCUAGAGAUAACUCAAUUCCAAAUUCAGAGCAUCCGACUGCAGAGAACGUGCAGACAGACGCCCUUGCCUCUUUGCAGAGCCUGGACGUCCUCCUUCCGAAGGUCUGUGAAGCCAUCGUACUUGUGGCGCAGUGCUUCUGCACGAUGACCCUUGCCCAAGAUACCAAUCGCAACGUUUCUGAAGAGGCGCGGAGGAUACGACAUCUUCUGACUGACGCCUCGUUGCCAAAUGGCGAUGGACUGAUUGAAAGCCUGAUAGACUUGUUGCGUCUAUUGGACGCUUUCCUCCCGCGAAUCAUACUCGGCAAAGCAUCGUGGAGUACGGUCAGCCCAGAUGCUCCCACGCCCUCCACAGCAAUAGACAAAAAGGAAGAGAAGGGGUUCUCCUAUCUAAAGCGCGACCUAGUGCGUUUACUAGGCAUCAUGUGCUAUGAGAACAGAGCUGUGCAAGACCGUGUACGGAAGUGCGACGGCAUCCCAGUUAUCAUGAAUUUAUGCAUCACUGACGAACGGAACCCUUACUUGCGGGAACAUGCUUUGUUCGCGUUACGAAAUUUGUUACACGACAAUGUCGAUAAUCAGGUCAUCGUCGACGCAAUAAAGCCGAUGGGAACUUGGGACGAAAACGGUGUUCUGCGCGACGUACCUGGGUUCGAAAGUGAGGUACAAUUGGCGCGUGGAUUCGAGACAAAAUAAAAUAGCACAGCAUUUAAUGAAACUGUAUAUUCGUACAUUCACGCAUUCAAACAGUGGGCGCGGAACAGCAUUCGGCAGUUUACUCUUCUUCUUCGUCGUCGUCUAAUGCGAUGGCGCGUUUUUUGCGGGAACCCGUUCCUGUUCUCCGAAUGUUGAAUUCUUCGUCUUCGUCUUCGCUCUCAACAUCCAUAUCCAUAGCCACAUCCUCAGACUCCUUACCAGCUGCUGGACCUGCACUGUCUUGCGCGUCUUCAUCAGUCCGGUUCGAAGAUUGCUUCUUUCGGCGUCUCUCUUCUUCCUGCCGUGCGAUUUCUUCGUCGAGCUUGUCCAAGGCAUCGACUUCGCCUUCGGCAUCGUUGUCCUCGGAAUGCCGUCUGCGCUUCUUCUUGUCUUUCCGCUUUGGGCUUUCUCCGAACUCGUCCUCGCCUUCAGAAGAAUCGGCGACAAGGAAGUCAUCGGCCUGAUACUCUCCGGCGCCACGCUUGGUAUCUGCGCCUUUGUGUCCUUCGCCAGAGCCGCGUCUCUUGCGUGGAGAAGAAUCAUAAUCACCCUCGUCUUCCUCGUCAGUCUCUUCAAACGUUCCCGGUUCUGGUUCUUCAUCCGACCAAACGCUUUCGCGACGACGCGCAUAACCACGCCGUCUGCGUGCGGAGCUGCCAAAGUCUCCGCUCUCGCGUGAUCCAGUUGCACGUGUUCGUUUUGGCUUCUUCUGUGCCGCCUUCAAUGCUUCUUGAGCAUCACGCUCCAUAGACACGUCAGCAAUGCGCAAUUUUGCGACUCGCGAGUGCUUUUGGCCAACAGCACGCGCAAGUCUUCGGUGUGUCUCGCUUUGCAUGCCCGUAGGUCGGAUCGACAUUUGACCUGUGAUAGGAACUUCUGUUUGCAGAAUCCCUGGACGCUUGUGUUGCGCGACUAGGUAGUUAAGGCCGGAUCCUCUUCCAGCUGCCGUUUGCGAAGCAGCACCUUGACUAGCAUUUUGGCUCUGAGAGACAGAGCUGAAGCUCGAAGACGGCCGAAUGCCCCCGGGUGCACCUUCAUAGUUUUGGGACACGUCAAAGAGUUCUUUCCCAAGUAAGAGACUAAGUGUUCCGUCCGACCAUCGAAUGAGUCGACCAUUAGAUUGUCGUUUCUCUUGUCCAGAUCCGUCCUUUGUCCAUCUCCACCGAAUAGUGUUUUCUACAUCGAGUUUGAUACUCAUGCUUUUCUCUCUCUCUGAUUCACCAUCCGCAGAUUGAUCUGGACCGGUAUACGCAUCUGGAUGGAAUGGCUUUGGGUCCAGCUUAACGAAAUUAGGCAUUCUGAUCACCCAGUAGUUUCCGUCCGUGCUUUUUGGCAUUGGAAUGUUUGGUAUCGAGAGAACAGCAUGCUUGAGUUCUACGACGUUCUCAUCUUGACCUUCGUCCUCUUCAUAUUCCAUUGCUUGUCGAUGUCUGAGUUCUGAAGCGGAAAGUGCUUCUGAACCCUCUCGUGCAGCACUUGCAGCCGGAGAAGGUGACAUUUCUUUUGCCGGUUCUACCGUGGCCUCCUCGUCACCAAAUAGAUCCUCCAUUUCUUCAUCCUGCUCCGGCACCUCGACCUUCAGUUGUUC